CUAGACAGCGAUCGACGCCCGCCUCUCCUUCCCUCUUGCUCCUCGCCUCCAGCCAGUCUGCCAGGUCGCGGUAUCGUUUGCCGUCCGGAUCCCAUCGGUGGGCCGGGUUGGGAUUCGACAGGCGUAGGCCACAGACAGUGUACAUAGUGCGAUGCGUGCGACUGCGGCGUGGUAUCAGGAGCGUCGUCGUCGGGGAUUGGCUGGAGCGGGAGGGGAGCACGUCCCUAUCAGUGACAUCCACGCUGAUGACCGAGGCCAGCUACCUAUCAUCUCACUAAGCCCCCAUCCUCACCACGGCCAAGCAAUCGCAAAUACUUGGGCAUUGUCAUCCUCCUCCGCCCUCUCCCGCUCACCCUCCCACCUACACAGUCUGCCCCCUUGCCCUUCGGCACUUGUCCAUACUCGGUGCCUCGACGAUGGUAGUGGAGACGCCUUAUUUCCGGGAUCGCCGCAACUAAGAGCGCUAGGGCUGAGAGUCUCUCUGGGAGAAUCUCGGAGAGAAGAAGAGAGAGGGGAGAGGGGGGACCUUCUAUGCGUUAAUUCUAGCGGUCAACACGUCCGAGGGGAGUCGAGGAGGUAUAUCACGGUGGUAUCUAGAGGAGAAAGAGGAUAUUGUCGAGAGCUAGAUAUGGAAGCUGCUCCCGAUCUUACUGUUACCGGGGUGCUGCUAUGUAGUUGCUAUGUGCAUAUAUCUAUCAGUCGAGCAUACGCAUUUCCAUCCCGUAUGCACGUAUACCGUACCGAACGCCCUAAAGCGUAGGAUUGACCCUGCUCGCAUUCUUAUGCAUAAGAACAGCCCGAGGGCGUCGGGAAUACCAAGCGAAGGCGUAGGGGAGGUGGUCUGGGUGGUUUUGUGUGAUCCUAUCCUGCGCCUACCGCUGCCUAGGACCCAAAUGUGACAGCGGCAGUGAGUUUGGUAUUGGCCGAAUAUGGCUCCUCCCAGCACCCAUCCCAUCCGGGCCGGCGUUGGGAAGGGUUU